GCUUGCUGGGUGAAGAGUGGAGAGGGCCAGGGGGCGGGACGAUAAGCACAGUAAACAGAAGCACCAGGUUGUUAGGGGCGAAUCCUAAGGAAGAGGGGGGCCUACGGCUGCUCGGAUCUAGGUGGAACCGGGAAAGAGUUGGAGACGAAGUGGAGAAAGAGAAAGGAGUCAUUAGAGGGGCUCUUGGGGGCUGCUUUAAGGAACGAUCAGAACUGAGGUUGAAGAGGUCAUGCAAAUGAGCCAACCAGACCAAUCGCAAGCCGGACACAGGCGAGUGACUGUCAAGAAGGCCAAUUAAAUCUUCCGGAGGGAACCGGCCCGGCCUCUUCUCUGAGAGACGGCUGUACCUACCAAUAGCAUGGGCGAGAAGGCGGUCCCUUCGCCUAGCAGGAGGCGGGUGAAGCGAAGCUGCCCUUCAUGUGGCCCAGAGCCUGGGGGUGAAGAGAAGAAGGGCAGAGGGAACCCUAUUUCUGUUCAGCUGUUCCCCCCAGAGCUGGUGGAGCAUAUCAUCUCAUUCCUCCCAGUCAGAGAUGUAGUCGCUCUGGGCCAGACCUGCCACUACUUCCAUGAAGUGUGCGACGCUGAGGGCGUGUGGAGACGCAUCUGUCGCAGGCUUAGUCCUCGUCUACGAGAGCAGGGCUCUGGGGUCCGGCCCUGGAAGAGAGCUGCCAUUCUUAACUACACGAAGGGCCUGUAUUUCCAGGCAUUUGGAGGCCGCCGCCGCUGUCUCAGCAAGAGUGUAGCCCCCCUGCUAGCCCAUGGCUACCGCCGCUUCUUGCCCACCAAGGACCAUGUCUUCAUUCUUGACUACACGGGGACCCUCUUCUUCCUCAAAAAUGCCCUGGUCUCCUCUACCCUUGGCCAGAUCCAGUGGAAGCGAGCCUGCCGCUAUGUUGUAUUGUGUCGCGGAGCCAAGGAUUUUGCCUCGGACCCAAGAUGUGACACCGUUUACCGUAAAUACCUCUAUGUAUUGGCCACCCGGGAGCAGCCAGCAGUGGUAGGCACAACGGGCAGCCGGGCCUGUGACUGUGUCGAGGUCUAUCUGCAGUCCAGUGGGCAGCGGGUCUUCAAGAUGACCUUCCACCACUCCAUGAGCUUCAAACAGAUUGUGCUGGUUGGUCAGGAGAACCAGCGGGCUCUACUGCUUCUCACAGAGGAAGGAAAGAUCUACUCUUUGGUAGUGAAUGAAACCCAGCUGGACCAGCCACGCUCCUACACAGUUCAGCUGGCCCUGAGGAAGGUGUCCCGUUGCCUGCCUCACCUUCGUGUGACCCGCAUGGCUUCUAACCAGAGCAGUACUCUCUACAUCACAGACCAGGGGGGAGUAUAUUUUGAGGUGCAUACCCCAGGGGUGUAUCGUGAUCUCUUUGGGACCCUUCAAGCCUUUGACCCCCUGGACCAGCAGAUGCCGCUUGCUCUCUCGCUGCCUGCCAAGAUACUAUUUUGUGCUCUUGGCUACAAUCACCUUGGCGUGGUGGAUGAAUUUGGCCGAAUCUUUAUGCAGGGAAAUAACAGAUAUGGGCAGCUGGGAACAGGGGACAAAAUGGACCGAGGGGAACCCACACAGGUGCAUUAUCUGCAACGUCCCAUUGCCCUGUGGUGUGGCCUCAACCACUCUCUGGUGCUGAGCCAGGGCUCGGACUUCAGCAAGGAGCUUCUGGGCUGCGGCUGUGGGGCUGGAGGCCGCCUCCCUGGCUGGCCUAAGGGGAGUGCCUCUUUUGUGAAGCUCCACGUCAAGGUCCCUCUGUGUGCCUGUUCCCUCUGCUCUACCAGAGAGUGCCUCUACAUGCUGUCCAGCCAUGACAUCGAACACCAUCCCACCUACCGGGACCUACCAGCCAGCAGGGUGGUGGGGACCCCCGAGCCUGGCCUGGGAGCUGGAGCACCCCAGGACCCUGGGGGGGCAGCCCGGGCCUGUGAGGAGUACCUCAGCCAGAUCCACAGUUGCCCCACAUUGCAGGAUCGCAUGGAAAAGAUGAAGGAGAUCGUGGGUUGGAUGCCCUUGAUGGCUGCACAGAAAGAUUUCUUCUGGGAGGCCCUGGACAUGCUGCAGAGGGCUGCUGGAGGGGUUGGCCCGGGCCCCUCAACCCCUGAGAGCUGAGCCCCUUUCCUAGUCUUACCCCUGGAGGGAGAGUCUGGCCCUGGGCCAGGAGCUAAGGAGAGUGGGAUGGUAGCAAUGAACAUUGUAUGUGCACGUGGGGAGGGGUGGGAAUUGCUAGGCUUGCCAGGGUGGGCAGGGAACCGUUUUGUAAAAUGUUCAGGGGGCUGCCCGGGAGGGACCCCCAACCUGACUAUCAUGGACAAGAGAUUUGAUGGGCAAAUAGAAUAAAAGGCUGAAGUGAG